AUGGCAGCGGCACAAACGUCGGAGUUUGACUUCGAGGGCUUCAUCGGCCAUGGCUCCUUUUGCCAGGUGGAGCGUUGCGUCCAUCGAGCCACCGGCAGCAGCUACGCCGCGAAGCGCGUGGUGAAGAGCAAGCCUCACGUGCUGCAGGGCAUCGUCAUGGAGGUCCAUUGCCUUCGCCGGCUGCAGGAGUCACCGUGGGUAGUGCAGAUGGCCUACGAGAUCGACCUGGAGAUGGAGUGGAUUGGCAUUUUGGAGCUCUGCGAGGGGGAGCUCUGGGAGGAAAUCAAGCACUGUGGCUGCUUUCCCUCAGAAGGCCUUUGGUAUGCUCGACAAAUGCUGGAAGCGCUUGUGGCCGUCCAUGAUUUGGACAUCGUGCAUCGGGACAUCAAGUGCGAGAACUUUCUACUCACUGCUGAGAGGAAGGUCAAACUGAUUGACUUUGGAACAGCCCGCGAUGCGGCGCACCCGGAGGUGCCGACCAUGAUGCUCGGCCCCCAAUACGAGCACCACGUGGGGACGCCCAACUUCAUGUCACCCGAGGCCAUCGAAGGCACUGGCAACGACCGGAGAAGCGACUUGUGGUCGUUGGGCUGUGCCAUUUAUCAGCUGCUUCUGGGAGCUGCGCCCUUCAACGCUCCCACGCCCUUCAUGAUCCUCACGAAGGCCCAAGCAGGGCAACUCUGGAUUCCCAGCACCGGGAUGUUCAGCGCCGAGCUGCAGUUGAUCCAGCAGCUGACGACCAAAGAUCCUGCUGCACGCCUGGGGGCCUCCUCCACCCGCCAUGCUCUUGAGGGGGGGCUCCUCCCCACGCGCGGAACGUGCUGCGCCCCGCUGGCACCGCGCUCAGCCCUGCAAGGGGCGGUGGUGCGGCUGUGCCGUGCUGUGGUGGCCGAGAGUGACUCCCGAGCACUAGAGGAGGACCCGCCCCCUGCAGGGGAGUGCCUCUUUGUGGCUGAUGCUGCGCAGGGCGUGCUGGCGCAGCUGGGCGUGGAGGAGAUGCCUGAGACUCAGACGCUUGAUGAGGUGCUGUCCACCCUCCGCGCAGCAGGGCUGGGGGACAAUGAGCAGGUGGUCCUAUGGCGGAGCGUGGAGCUCGCAGAGCAGCGGCUGAAGGAGAGCCGCGAGACCUUUUCCCUGGGCGGCAGUGAGAAUUCCAGCGAAGCCACCGAUGAAGAAGAGGCGGAGGAGGAAGGGAAGGACUCAGCUGCGGUGAAAGAUGCCAGCCAGCUGCCACCUGUUGGGGAAGCUUCGCCACGUCCAGUUCCGGAGGGCCAGGCGGCCAAGUGCUGCGAGUUAAUGAAGAGGCUCUCUCCCAAGCGGAUCCUCAUUGAUCCUGGAGGCCUUGGCCUUGGCGAAGGGAAUGCAGGCCUUCGACCCGACCAAGAGACCCGAGAUGACCCAGAGAGGAUCUCGAACGCGGUCUCGGUCUCGCACGGCUCUGAGGCCGAUUUGGUCUUGGUCGUCAUGGGGCUGUCCAUGUCGAUCAUUUUAAUGAAUAUUUUGAUUGGCGUGCUGGCUGAGAGCUACAACCGAGGUUGGGAACACCGAGAGCGGCUCUUCCUCUUGGAGCGCUCGCGGUUAGUGCUCCAACAUUUCACCUCGAAUCGGGGCUGGAAGAAAUGCUGUAGCCUGUGCCGGCGGCGGCGGGUACAAGGAGAGAUGGGGGGGAAGUUUUGGCGGGUCUUCAAGUGCCCUAGAAGGAAAGACAACUUCCAGGGCCUCCGGUCCGGGCCAGGUCACCGGCGACCUCCACUGGGCAUCGCCCAGGUGUGGUUUGCCUUCCCGAAGGAUCCAGCCUCAUGGGGAGAGAUGCAGACCGAUGCCGAGGGCGAUGCCACCAUGAACGUCCAUGAGAAGGUCACGGAGCUGCGCCGCGAGAUCCGCGAGAUGAUGCAUGGCAAGCUGAAGACUCACCAGGCCGACGUGCUUCGGGGGCGAAACGUGCUUCGGGGGCGGUGCCGAGCGUGA